AGUUCGAUCGCCUCCUCUGAAAACCUCUCCAUCUUUCCUCACAAUUUUCUGCAAAAGCAACUCGCAAAGCAAAGCACAACCAACGCAAAGAAAAUACUUUUCGACGCUACAACAACUAACUCUGUAUAACCAUGAUGCUCAAAUCUACUGCCACCGUCAUGCCUGCCAACUUUGUCCCCGCUUCGCAGCACAUCAUCAUCGGCCGCGGAAGAAUCAUCAAGCAACACCCCGGCAAUGUCAAGUUCGACAAGAUGAUUUCUGAGAUUGCUGGUGAGUAUUCCUCUACCCCCAGCAAGGCUGAGAAGGGACUCAUUCUUACCAAGCUCAUCAAUGAUAUCCACGAAGCCGCCCCCGAUGCUGGAUUUGUCCGCAAGGACCUCACCACUGGAGAAUGGACUUUGGUCGAAGAAGCUCUCGCUCGACAAACCGCUGCUCAAGCCCUCCGAAACUAUCUCCACACCUCUUACCGAAGCAGCAAGCAAUUCAAGAGCAAGCGACGAAUGCAGCGCAUCUCGCAAGUCCAACAGGAACUGAAUUCCCAAAAGAGUUUGAGCCAAUCUCUCAUGAUGGGUUCUGGAAUUCCCAGCAUGAUCACCAUCCACGCCACUCCCGAACCUUUUACUCGAUGUGUCUCUCCAACUGACAGCGACAAUGGUGAUGUUUCCAAAGAUACACUUGACAUUCUGUUGUCCCAAUUCAUGCCUGCCAACAUUGCUGGCAACCCAUUUGAGCCUCUCCCGUUGGCUCCUUCCAUCGCGAUGGAGGAAGACUUUGAACCCAUUCCCCUGUAACUGAAAAGCGAUCCCCAAGCUAAUUUUAAUCUUCUUCUUGUACAUACUAUUAAUCAAAAUCUAAUCUUC